AUGAAAUGGGUUGCCCAAGAGAAAGUCAAACAUCAUGAGUCUGCAGAAGUUAAAGAUUUGCAGGCUCAUAUUGUCCAGCUGGAGGAACAGGUGAAGACUCUGCAGCAAGAACGAGACCAAAAACAAGCGCUGGUCGAGACGAUCCAACAGCAGCACAAACAAGAAAUGGAAGUCAUGGAGAAAGAACAAAGGUCUCUUACACGAUUGGUGGAACAUUUGUCCUCUCAGGUGGAAGAUCUUUCCUCUCAGAAGAACGUCCACAAAGCCACAGUCCAAGACAUGGAACAGAAGAUACGGCAACAAGAUGAACAGCUUCAAAUCAUGGAGGACACUCUGAAGCAGCAGCAGAAAGCCACGUCGGAGGAGAAAGCUUGCUUCAGAGACGUUAUCAGCAGGAUGGACGCUCAGCUCAGCGAACAGCAAAGACAACUUGAGAAGACUCGCAGUGAGAUGACGGCUGAACAGGCCAAGGCAGAAUCAGCCCAAAAGAAGCUUGAAGAAGAGCACCGGGCUUUGAUGCUGCAGAUCAACACAGAGAAGGAGGAGUUAAAAAGAGCUAAGAGCGCAAUGCUUGAGGAGCACCAGUUGUUUAUGCGACGUUGUGCAGAGGACAGGAGCAGGCUGUCUGCUGAGUGGGAGCAGUUCCACACUCGAGAGAAGCAGAGGGGUGAACAGGAGGCACAGGACCAGGCUGACAUGAAGGACCGUGCUGCAAAGCUGAAGCUGAAGGAGACAGCUGUGACACAGGAGAGAGAGACCCUGAAGACCAUCAGAGAGGAGCUGGACAGGGAGAAAGAAAAAAUAGAGUAUACAGCUCUGAGGUUCAAGAUCCGUGUUGAGGAGCUUGAAGCCAUCAGUAAGCUGGCUGAGGAGAACUUUGAGCAAGGAGAGAAAGCACUGCAGGAGGCGAAACGUGUGGAGGCUGAACAUGAGAGCAGACUCCAAAAAAUCUGCUCACAGAGACAACAGCUGAGCCAGCAGCAAGAUCAGUUCCUUCAAGAACAAAUCAGAUUCACCAAACUGCAGAAGGAGACAGCGAGUGUGAGACAGAGAGUUCCAGUUCCUCCUGUAUCACAAACACCACCACCAGCACCUCGUACUUCCUCUGCCAGCCCUCAGCUGAUGGGCAUCAGGGUGAAUCUGACACAGAAGGUCAGUGCAGCAAAGAUCACUGAUGAGUUCAAAGAGGAGAAGAAGUUCCUCGACAGUUUAAAGAAAAAAUCCUACAGAAGAAAAUGA